AUGAAUAUAGCGAAAAGAUCAUUAGGCGCUUUCUCCAAACGAUUUUAUUCCUCUUCAAAGAUCGUUCCAAAACAUAAUACGAUCCAGGAUAUUAGAGACAAAUACAAUGCUGGUACUCCUUUGUCUAUGUGCACAGCAUAUGACUUCAUCACUGCUACAUGGGUGAAUAAAGCUAAUUGCGAUCUACUCUUAGUCGGAGAUUCAUUAGCAAUGACCUCCUUGGGGUAUGAUAGCACAAUUACGCUCUCAUUAGAUGAGUUCAAAUAUCACGUUAGCUCUGUGUGCAGAGCUGAAGGUCCUUCUUUGGUAGUCGCAGAUAUGCCAUUUGGUACUUUUGAAUCUGAUAUUUCCGAUGGCUUGAAAAAUGCCAUAGAUAUUAUGAAAUUGCAUAGCAAAGUUACCUCUAUCAAAGUUGAAGUGGGUUCGUACAUUAAAGACAAGUAUGCAAUGAGGUUUAUCCAAGAACUGUGCUCAAGAGGUAUCCCCGUUAUGGCCCAUAUAGGAUUAACACCGCAAAAAGUACAUUCACUUGGAGGUUAUAAAGUUCAAGGUAACAAGAGUCUGUUACAAAUGCAAGAGUUGUUCGAAACAGCCAAGCAAUUGCAAAAAAUUGGUUGCUGGUCCAUUGUUAUUGAAUGUGUCCCCCACAAAAUGGCUCAAUUCAUAACGUCUAAACUUUCCAUUCCAACAAUAGGUAUCGGUGCUGGAAAUGGCACCAGCGGUCAGGUUUUAGUGAUAUCGGAUCUUUUGGGCAUGCAAGGUGAAUCCGUUCCAAAAUUUGUCAAGCAAACUGUAAAUAUAAGAGAUAUUGCGACUAAGGGCUUGAAAGAAUAUAUUACAAGUGUAGAGGAUAGAACGUUUCCCGAAAAAGAUUCUCACACUUUCAAAGUCAAAGACGAUCUGUGGAAUGAAUUCCUUUCGUCGACUAACCACAAAUAA